CGCGUCAAAAGAGCCGCUGACACGCGUGUCGCAAUGAGGGUCUCUCUCCUACUGUUCCUCGCCAGCGUCUCUGUGGGGACCUCCGCCGCCGGCAGAGAUACCUGGGCUUCAUUUUUUCGUCUAAGACUGGACGAACUGCUGAAGAAAGCCAGCAACAGAUGGCCGGAUGAGGCAAACAUCACAAAUGCUUCGACCACUCUCGUUAAGCACAGUGACGGGUGGUUGUCGCUGCGAGGAGGAGCCCUGCGGAACCUCUCGUCGUGGAACCUGCCCGCAGACGUCGACCUCAACUGCACGGGCAGCACCGCCGUCGUCACCGUCGACACAGCCUUCGAGGCUCUCCCCUUCUCCUUCAGCUACCUGUACGACAAUGGCACUUUUCUGGAACCCGUCCGCCAGUUGACGGGCUCGCUUCGGGGCCUGGCCGGACGGCUCGUAUUCCUGGUGACGAGAUUCCCCAACUACUACUUCUGGAAGUUCAACUUCCACCUCCGCAAGGAGAAUACAUCGGUUGAAGUGGUCGAUCCCGCAAAGGGGGACAACACAAUUUUCCGGAAGGCGGAAAUGUCGAGCGCCCUCUUGAGGGCCAUGAACGACCGCGUGCUCGGCGACUUGGAGCUGAAGCUUGACACAGUGCUGGGAGUCGCGAUAGACAUAAUGGACAUGUACGCGAUAUCAGCCGCUUGCACCGAGAGAGCGACGACGGCGGCGCCGGACAUCAGUACAGGAGCCGCUGCCGUCGGCACGACGACCUCCGCAAGGACCACAAUCGCCGCGGAGGACCACGGAACUCCCGGCGACCCGGCCUCCGGAACCUCCGCUGAGCAACAACCUGCAGAUCCUUCGAGGACCACGAGGGGUGAACCCUCAGUUGACACAGAACUUCCCAGCCGAAACCACCUCGGAGCCACAGACCACGUGGCGAACACUCCGGCGUCCGCCAGAUCAGGCACCCCGGCCUCCGGAACCUCCGCUGAGCAACAACCUGCGGAUCCUUCGAGGACCACGAGGGGUGAACCCUCAGUUGACACAGAACUUCCCAGCCGAAACCACCUCGGAGCCACAGACCACGUGGCGAACACUCCGGCGUCCGCCAGAUCAGGCACCCCGGCCUCCGGAACCUCCGCUGAGCAACAACCUGCGGAUCCUUCGAGGACCACGAGGGGUGAACCCUCAGUUGACACAGAACUUCCCAGCCGAAACCACCUCGGAGCCACAGACCACGUGGCGAACACUCCGGCGUCCGCCAGAUCAGGCACCCCGGCCUCCGGAACCUCCGCUGAGCAACAACCUGCGGAUCCUUCGAGGACCACGAGGGGUGAACCCUCAGUUGACGCAGAACUUCCCAGCCGAAACCACCUCGGAGCCACAGACCACGUGGCGAACACUCCGGCGUCCGCCAGAUCAGGCACCCCGGCCUCCGGAACCUCCGCUGAGCAACAACCUGCGGAUCCUUCGAGGACCACGAGGGGUGAACCCUCAGUUGACACAGAACUUCCCAGCCGAAACCACCUCGGAGCCACAGACCACGUGGCGAACACUCCGGCGUCCGCCAGAUCAGGCACCCCGGCCUCCGGAACCUCCGCUGAGCAACAACCUGCGGAUCCUUCGAGGACCACGAGGGGUGAACCCUCAGUUGACACAGAACUUCCCAGCCGAAACCACCUCGGAGCCACAGACCACGUGGCGAACACUCCGGCGUCCGCCAGAUCAGGCACCCCGGCCUCCGGAACCUCCGCUGAGCAACAACCUGCGGAUCCUUCGAGGACCACGAGGGGUGAACCCUCAGUUGACGCAGAACUUCCCAGCCGAAACCACCUCGGAGCCACAGACCACGUGGCGAACACUCCGGCGUCCGCCAGAUCAGGCACCCCGGCCUCCGGAACCUCCGCUGAGCAACAACCUGCGGAUCCUUCGAGGACCACGAGGGGUGAACCCUCAGUUGACACAGAACUUCCCAGCCGAAACCACCUCGGAGCCACAGACCACGUGGCGAACACUCCGGCGUCCGCCAGAUCAGGCACCCCGGCCUCCGGAACCUCCGCUGAGCAACAACCUGCGGAUCCUUCGAGGACCACGAGGGGUGAACCCUCAGUUGACACAGAACUUCCCAGCCGAAACCACCUCGGAGCCACAGACCACGUGGCGAACACUCCGGCGUCCGCCAGAUCAGGCACCCCGGCCUCCGGAACCUCCGCUGAGCAACAACCUGCGGAUCCUUCGAGGACCACGAGGGGUGAACCCUCAGUUGACGCAGAACUUCCCAGCCGAAACCACCUCGGAGCCACAGACCACGUGGCGAACACUCCGGCGUCCGCCAGAUCAGGCACCCCGGCCUCCGGAACCUCCGCUGAGCAACAACCUGCGGAUCCUUCGAGGACCACGAGGGGUGAACCCUCAGUUGACACAGAACUUCCCAGCCGAAACCACCUCGGAGCCACAGACCACGUGGCGAACACUCCGGCGUCCGCCAGAUCAGGCACCCCGGCCUCCGGAACCUCCGCUGAGCAACAACCUGCGGAUCCUUCGAGGACCACGAGGGGUGAACCCUCAGUUGACGCAGAACUUCCCAGCCGAAACCACCUCGGAGCCACAGACCACGUGGCGACAACUCCGGCGUCCGCCAGAUCCGGCGCACCGCGCGGAGGGGAAAAAACACACCCCGGUGUCGAAAAACUUCGCGGCCGCGGCAGGCGUGACGACUCGCUGACGAACGCGACUCAGAAGGUCGACCAAAUAUUCCGCAAUAUACUGAACAAGUCGCUCAAACAUUUCCCCAGCCUGGAGUUACUACCCUACAAAAUGCCGGAUACAGAAGACGAACUCUAUCAGAAAGCAGAAGGUUUGGCGACGAUAGACAUAACUCUCAAGGGCUUGAGAAACCUGAAGAUCAGCGGAGACCCAACGUUCCAGAGGAUCAAUGCAACCGCCGGCAGAGUGGUAGCAGAUGUGUGUUUCGGCGGUGUCACGUACACCGCGUUGUUCCGCCUCCACUCCAAGGACUCGUCGUGGACUGCCCAAGGGGACGUGGAACUACUGACGGGUCAACUGGCGGUUCUCGUGGACUACGAGAACGCAUCGGCAGCCACCGUUGCUGUAGAGGAGUUCAGCCUGAAGCCAUUCGUGUUGCUGACGGGCACACCCACGGCCACCGGGUCGGGGGCCAGGAAGUCUGUGGACGCCGGCGAGAUCGAAGACGCGGCGAGGGGGGCGUUCAAGACGGACGUGCUCUCGACCCUGCUCGGUAGAGACUCGCCCCUGCUGCAGAACGUCUCCUGGGAAGAGCGGUGGGACCUGAGUUCUCUGCUCCCCUCCAGCACGGUCGCGCCGACGACGAAGACUUCGACCAGUCCAACAUCGAGACUUACGACCAGUCCAACAUCGAGACUUACGACCAGUCCAACGUCGAGACUUACGACCGCGCCAACAUCGAAACUGCCGACCGCGCCAACGUCGAAGACAUCGACUGGUCCAACGUCGAAGACAUCGACUGGUCCAACGUCAAGAAUUACGACCGCGCCAACAUCUAUACUUACAACCGCGCCAACAUCGAGAUUGACGACCGCGCAAACGUCGAAGACAUCGACUGGUCCAACAUCGAGAUUGACGACCGCGCCAGCGUCGGAGACUCCGACCACCACAACGGCGUUGCCGACGUCGACUUCGACACCGGUUUUGUCAACCGCACCCAGCGCGGGGUCUGUCUCGCGCUCGCUCCUGGGUCUUCCCAUCGGACUGGCGUCAGUCCUGACAACUUUUCUGGCUGCGAAGCUGCUCCUUUAAAACCCCAAAAAAUAUCCCUGUUUAAAACUUUUAUUUUACCUAGAAACGUUUCUGUACGUUGUGUGCGUCAUCAAGUAGUUAUACGUGAUUUUUUUUAAAAAACAAAUCUACUAUCCGGUGUCAACUUCAGUGAAAUAAUAUUAUUAAUGGUUUUGGGUUUACUAAUGUAAAUUUAAAUUUUUCCUAAAAUAUUUCUCAGUUCCUAAAUUUUUACUUUAGACUUAAAACGAUAUAUAUUUUUAAAUAAUCUACAAAAUCUACAAAGGUUUUAUAUUUUUGUAACUUUUCAUGUUGAAUUUAUUUAGAACAAAAAUGUUAUAUCUUUUAAGAAGUGCACUUGUAUUUUUCACCAAAAGAUGGCUUUAGAAUUUUAGAAAAGCUAUAAUUCUUAUUUAAUUGGUGAGAUUUUAAUCAAUAUUUUACUUACCUAAUUUGAAUUAUUUACCUCGCCUAUUAAGUAAAUAUUCAAUUUAUCGCUGAAAAUCAAUUUUGAUUUCAUGAGUAUGUCGUUAAAAUUCAUUAAAAGAUUAUUGAUAAGACGAUUCACACGCAAUGUAGUUUUAUCAAGAUGUUCUUCAAUAAAAACAAUUGUUCUUCAAUUACGUUUUUAUCAUUGUAUAUAUAUCUCAUAAAUAAUUUUCAUUUGCACAACGUAAAAAUAAUUUCAAAUAUCAAUAAAGAUUUCGUGUGUAUUAAA